ACGAUUAGGAAUCCCGCGACCAAUCAGCUCUUCUUUUGGCGGCAAAGCUGCAAUCCACCACCUAUAAAAAGGCGGGAGAGAUUAACAUUAACCCUAAAAAUCCUUGCUUUCCUCCCAAUCACCAACAGUUAAUUCAUCAAUGGCGACGAAGAACUUGCUAAUCGUACCAGUACUCUUCCUCCUCUGCUCCCUGAUCAGGCCGGCUGAAUCCGCCGGCGUUGGAGGUGGAUAUUGGCCGCCGCGGCCGCAGCCAGCUCAGCAGCAGUACCCGGCGGCGGCGGCGGGGUACUACCGGCAGUACCCGUCGUCGUCGGCGGGCAGCGAUCGGCGGCCGUGGGAUCCGUACGUGUACGGGAGGUGCGUGGGGUCGUUGAUCAUGGAGGGGACUUGCGAGGGUCAGAUCUUGUCGUCGUUCUGGAGCGGAAGGGUUUCGCUGUCGGCGGGUUGCUGCGAAUCGAUCCGGCGAGUUUCCGACGAGUGCGUGACGACGGCGUUCGCGCCGCUGACGAACCCUUACUUCGGCUACGCUUUGAAGGGCUACUGCGCCUCCAGGCCUUGGAUUCAAUCCCUAGAUUAGAACUUUGAUUAGUGUUUUCUAUCCAAAAAGACUCUACUUGAAAAUAUGUUUAUUCAGCCUUGAUUGUUAAUGUAUUGGAGUUUUUUCAAUUUUCAUCGUUAGUGCAUUUUUUUUUUUUACUUCCAUAGGUGUGAAAUCGAAUCGGUGGGAUUGAUUGGAGACGAAAUAAAAUAAAAAAUCCUAUAUGAACAAUAUCAUAAUCGUUACAAGAUUUUAUGUGUAUGAUUACGGAUAUAUAGCUAAAUCAAUAUUAUAAUGGAAU